AUGUACACAUUAUUAGGAGAUCCUUUCUUCUUUAGAAUCAAUAAAUUAAAUAUAAAGAUAUGGGAAAACGUGGAGUUUGAUCUUGAUAAACUAAAGAACUAUGUAGGUAAACAAUAUAAAGUGGAAGUAGACUCCAAAAGGAUUAAUGACAAAUUUAAACUAUAUUGUAAAACUAAUCACCAUGCUCAAACUACCCAGCAAAACCAAUCUGGCUCAAAAAUUUCAACUUGGAAUGUUAUCUGGAUGAUAUUUUCUGCUUUUAAAAGUAGUUACACAAUUUUAUUACUUUUAAAGUUCUCACUAAUGCUUGCAACGUUCUUCCUGGCAUAUUUUUUGAAGAAGUUUAAAGAGAGCAUUGGAGUAGGAUCUGAAUAUGUAAAAGGAGUGAGCCUGAUUAUUAACCACAUUAUUGAAAUUUUGUUUAAUAUAUAUGUGGAUUACUAUACAGAAGUACUUCAUAUUCGUGUAAGAGGAAGCUUAACCUUGUUUCUGAUGAAUUUAAUGUUAAAGAAUAAGAGAUUAAAUAAUAAACGUCGUGAAUCUCUAUUUAAUGAUACCCAAGACUUCUCCAAGAUUCAAAAUAUUGUAUCAGUAGAUGGAGAGUUUGCAGAAUAUAUUGUUUCUUAUGGGAUGGAACUAAUCACUUUUCCAUUUAGUUUACUCCUUUUAUUUGGAAUCACAAAUAUGUUCAUAGAUGCUAAAUCUAUAUCUAUUUGUGCUCUAAUAUUAUUAAUAACCGGUGCAGUAAGCAUAGCAUCUCAGUGGAUUAGUAGUAGCUACAAGAAAAACUUUAUGGAAGCUAGGGAAGAAAGGAUAUCAUGUUUGACUAAAUCAAUCUCACAAAAUGAUGACUUUAUACUUACACACAUCAAUGAUACUCUCUUUAUGAAUCUGGUUGAAAGAUAUAGAAGCAAGGAAAUGAAAUUUAAUAAAUACAGGAAGUUAUGGUAUUGUGUUGGUGAAAUAGUAUCACACUGGAUGGAAAUCCUCUGUUCUAUGGCAAUUUGUAUCUAUUGUUAUUACAAAAAUUACACAGGACCAGAAGUUAUGUCAAUACUCACUAACUGCAGUUUCAUCAUACCAAUUUUAGUAAAACCAAUUUCUUCUAUUGCCUAUAUGACUUACUAUAUUUCAGAGGCCACAAAUGCUAUUAAUAGAAUCAAAGAUUUUCUUUGUGAUUUUGACUCUCAUUCUUGUAUUAGUGAAAUAGGUUUACAUAACUUGAGUCAAACUAGAAUGGAUGAUAUUGAACAAAUUGAGAUACAAGAUUUAUGUUCUGGAGAGAAUAUAGUAUUAAGGAAAGGAUGUUUGAAUAUAGUUUUUGAUUGUGAAAAAGAUAACCCAAGUCGGCAAACCCUUAAUUUCCUUAAGGAGAUUGCAAAAUUUUCUGUGGAUGAAGAUGCUUGUAGCUCAAAAUUCUUGGUUAGAUGUAAAUUAAAAGGCUCAAAAGAUCUUGUUUCACUAAAUGGUAACAGAGAAAUAGCCAGGUUAACCUGUUAUAUCAGUAAAAAGUCUUGGAUUUUAGAUAAUGCUAAGCUUGAAGAAUUGAUAAUUUGUGAUAAAACCUUUGACUAUCAUCUGUGGAACUUGGUAGUCAACAUUUGUCAACUAGAUACUGAUAUAUAUAAUAAAAGUAUUAACAUUAAUGAUACCAUUAACAGUAAACAAAUAAGUACCGGCCAAAGAAUUCGAAUUUCCUUUGCUAGAUCUCUUUAUAAUAAACUGGUACAAAGCUCAAGGUAUCAUAUUGGAAACCCUGAAAAAUCAGAUAGUUCAUCUCCAAUCUCACCAACAGCUUCAACUGGUCCUUUAGGAAGGAAUUACUGUAUUUUUUAUUUAAUAGAGAAUAUUUUUGACUCAUUAGAUAGAGAGACAAGCUGUAGAAUGAUUUACUCUCUCUUUAACAAAGAUGAGAAGCUAACUGGAAUCCUAAACUCUAGCUUUGGAAUAAUCUCAAUAAGCCCAGAUUUACUGAACAUGUUUUUCUUCACAGUUUACUUUAGAUCCUGUAAAAGUCUCAUUUUUGAGGAUGGGUACAAAACUUUAUUAGAGUACAAUCAAAAAUGUUUAAUUAAUGUAACUGGUAUUACUGAGGACUUGAGAAUAGUUAGUCACCGUUAUAUUGGAAUGAAGGAUUUGAUUAGUGAGGAUCCAGCUGAAAAUGAGGACCUCCUAAACUACAUUAAUUACUUUGUUAAUAAUAAUAUUAAAGAGCCUUUGUUUCUUUUAAAUAAUAUUCAAACUGAAACGCAUUUAACACCAAACUCUAAUACAUGUAACGGCUUAAAAAGGGAGAACAAAAUAGACAUAGAGAAAGAUGUAAAAAACUUAAUAUCUUUAAAAAAUGGAAGAUGGGUCUCAAGUUCUUUAAAAUACUAUUUAUUUCAAACUAAUGAUAAAAUCAGAUAUAAAUUUGACACCAAAAUGAAUAAGAUCUCGAGUAUUAAAAGAAACAAGUCUUUAAUCUUUGUGUAUUUAUUGUUCUCAAUAGCUCCUUUGUUGAUAUUCAAAAUAACUGAGUACAACAUUAUAAACAACUUGAACAAAACUACAAACAUGUUUAAAGACUUACUCAAAUACCUACACUAUUCCUUAUUCAUAUUAGUGAACUUUGUAAUCACAAUUUUUUUGGAAAUCUACAUUGGGUUAAAAUCUGCCAAUUAUAUUCAUAAUACAAUUUUAUAUGGGUACUUGACAAGUUACUCUAUAAUUAAAAUUAUUCCAGUAUCUAGUAUUAUUAACCAUCUUUCUAACGACCAACUAGUAAUUGAUUACUGUAUCACAAAAAGGAUUGGCCAAAUUCUUCACCAUAUCAAUAAGAUUGCUGCCUUUGUUAUUAUCUCUUUUACUAUAAACUUUAAAGAACCUAUGACCUACAUUCCUAUUGGUUUCAUUUACAUAUUCUUUAUAUAUUGGAACUAUCUCUCCUAUUUUAUUAACUCUUGCAGAACCCUCAGACUACUUUUCCUUAAUUGCCAAACAGCUAUUUCAGACCUCACACAUUCUAUUAAUCUUGGUAUUGAUGACAUCCACCAAAAUCACUUAUCUUCGUACUUGGUGCAAAAAUGCAACCAACGGGCGCGCGAACUUGUGGCGCCUCUUUAUUGUCAGAAUAUGAUGUUUGCAUGGUUAAGACUAAGGUUGGACUUUUUAUUACCUGUAACUUUGACAUCAAUAAACAUUUUAUUUCCAGUAUUAUUUUCGAGUUUGGAAACAAAGAACAGGGAGAUUUCACAGAUGGUUAUUUUUAUAAUAGGAGUGGGUUUAACAAUACCAAAGAUUACAUCAUCCACAGUAAAAUACUGGGUAAAGAUGGAGAAUGAACUUCUGGCAGUGACAAGGAUGAAGCUUCUAAUGGAAGCAAUACAGGAUGACAGAUUUGGGAGUAAUCUAGAGAUCGAUCACUCCACAGAGAACUCUUCUUUACUGAUGACUUUAAAAAACGUGGAUUGCAGACACCUUAGACUAAAGAAUGAUCCAUUUUCCUCAGUGAUGAACAACUACAGUGAUCUUAUUGAGUGUUCUUGCUUGAAAAGGGUGAAUCUGGAGAUUAGAGUCGGUGAUGUUAUUGGAAUUGUUGGAAGAACAGGUUCUGGAAAAACCACUUUAUUAAAGGUAAUUGGUGGAAUUAUAGAGGCUUAUAAAGGCACGAAAACUGUCCACAGAGGAUUAUUAGUCAUGGGAGAUGAGGAUGAGCAAGAUAAGGGGUUAGAGAAUAUAGUUCAGGGAGGUCUUCUAGGUCUGGAAGACGGAUUACGAAAAGAAGUUCAAGAUAGUGGAAGGUAUUUAUCUCUUUGUGGGGGGAGCGUAAAUGGAAGAGUCUACUGCCAUCAUAUGUUUAGCGAUGAGGAUAUUGAAACAAAGAACUAUAAAGAAAAGCAGGAUGAUUUUUAUAGGAUGAAGGAGUCGUCUUUAGAGAGAAUUAAAAUUAUUUCAGAGAUUUCAGAAGUUGACCCAAACAUUCUUUUGAACUCUGUUAAAAUGCUUGAGUUCUUAUCCACUAUAGCUUAUGUACCAAUUAAAGUAGAUUUUCCUGGAAACUUAAAACUGAUAGAAGUUUUAGAUUCUGAGAAAAUUCGCUCAAGCUUAGAAAUCUUGGAUUUAUUGGAUUUAUUUGGACUUGUUGACAAGAAAAAAAAUCUAUUAUACGAUCAGCUAGCUCAAAAUGAGGAUUUGUCAUCCAAAUCCUACGAAUCUUGCUCUCUACUUCUUUCUCCAUUAAACCUGCAAAUAUUGGAUUUACCUAUAAGCAAUUUUAAUUUCAACCAAAAUCAAAAGAGAAUGUUACUUUUGCUUCGUCUUGCCCUUAACAGUCAAAACUACAGAUUACUUCUACUUGAUGAACUACCAAACUAUAGGUUAACGACAGAAGAUGGUGGCUACAUUUCAGUUAUUGAUUUCAUUCUUAAAAAGUACUUUUCCAACUGUUCCGUAGUUAUUACAACGCACCACUUUGACCAGAUCUCCAGCAUUAAUCGUCUUUUAGUUACUAAUAAUAAUCGUAGAGUUUCUGAAAUAUUUUAG